ACUGAAAGUCCAAUACACUAAUUAACCCAACUUCAGUCGCAACCUUCUGUCAUCGAAAAAAAGGACAAUUUCGUAGAAAAAAAUGUCGAGCACAAAAUUCUUGUGCCGUUUACCAAGAAAAGUAAUAUUUCAAAGUUUAUCUUUGAGGACAUGCACUCCAGCUGUUAGAAAUUUUGCUGACUGGGUUCCGAAAGAAGAAGUUACUCAUACAGGCCAGAAAUGGGAGUCUGAUGACUACAGACUGGCUAGGUUCAUUGAUAAACCAAAGCAUGUAAAUCCAAACUUUGCAAUUGAUUUAAUUGCUGAAGUUCCACCAAAACCUUGCAAGGAACGUGUUGUUUCGUGUGAUGGUGGUGGUGGUCCAAUUGGACAUCCAAAAGUAUACAUCAAUUUGGACAAGCCUGGUAACCAUGCAUGUGGCUAUUGUGGAUUAAGAUUUGUCAAAGAAGAUGCCCAUUAAAAAUAUCAUGAACUUAGUUGAUUUAUGUACAGUUAACAAAUAAAAUAAUAUAUGUAUUA